AAAAUCAGUUGACGAUCGACUGCCCCGUGCUAGUACCUUUCUAGCAGUGAAUCAGGUCGUCUCCACAUCAUGCAAGGUGGAUCUGUAUCUACCGUCUGGAUCGCGCUCCUGGCGCUGGGCGUGAGCGCCAUCACUGCCGAGCCGACGUGCCGUCCGACCGGCCAGUAUCUGACGGCUAAUCCACGGGACUGCCGGUCGUACUUCUACUGUUACGACGGCAUCGCUUACUACGGUGUCUGCCAGCAGGGUUUCCGGUUCGAUGAGAGCCGCCAGUCCUGUCUGCCAUCAACGGUGGCCGAGUGUUUCGAGUGCCCGACGAUGGGCAUGGUCUCGCUGCCCCAUCCAACCUCCUGCCAGAAGUUUGUGCUUUGCUUCGAGGGAGUGGCGAAUGAGCGAUCGUGUCCGACUGGGCUGCUGUUCAAUCGCCAAAUUCAUCAGUGUGAUCUGAGCUCUAAAGUGAUCUGCUGAUCUUCGACGAAAACAAACGAACGGAACCUGUUUCCAUCAGCUAGUACAGUGCGCGGGCUAACAACUAUGUUCUGAUACGACAAUAACUUCAUUUUUUUCCCUUCCUCAAACACAUCAAAGUGCGUUAGAAUCAGUGGCCAACCUAUAGUCUUUGUGACAUUCCCUAACAUCCCCAGUGCUCGAUGGAGGUUGUUGUUGAUGAUUGGUGGCGGUGCUAUUUAGUGUAACGGGUGCGAAAUAAAACCAAUAAAGCCAUGAGAGAGAAAGAGAGCUUCAUGCAAAA